AGGUACCUACCUCUCUAUAAAUAACAGCUUCUCUUCUUUCAGCCACCCAAAACAAAGAAAAGAAAAGAAAAGAAAGAGCGUCACAUCGAUACUUCUCUUCUCUUACUCUUACAGGAGAUGGAUCUUGUUAUGUUAAUGCAUAAAUCAAAUCAAUUUUAUGCCAUCACUGUCUCUUUGUUUCUCUGUUCUUUCCUCUACUUGUUAAAGCUCUCUCUCUUUAGAGCCAAAAAACUCAAGCUACCACCAUCACCACCAAAGUUACCAAUCAUUGGAAAUCUCCACCAACUAGUCUCACAGCCUCAUCAAUGUCUUAGAGCCCUCUCUAACAAGUAUGGCCCUGUAAUGCUCUUUCACUUUGGAACCACUCCAACCAUCAUAGUUUCAUCUGCAGAGAUAGUCUCCGAGAUCAUUAAAACCGACGGUCCGGUUUUCUCCAACAGACCCCAAACAAAGGGUUUGAAUGAUAUCUUUUAUGGUUGCACAGACUUGGCAUUCACUUCAUAUGGUGAUUACUGGACACAGGUCAAGAAGAGUUGCUUACUUCAUCUUCUGAACCAAAAGAAGGUGCAGUGUUUUGAGCUGGCAAGGGGAGAUACUGCUGCAGACAUGGUUGAAAAGAUUCGGGAUUCGUGUCGUUCUGGAGCUGCAAUCAAUCUGAGUGAGAUGUUUCGUACUGCAGCAAGCAACAUGGUUUCGAGGGCUGUUUUCGGUCAAGUUUAUGAGAGAGAAGAUGGUUGUGAGAGUAUUGCAGAAUUGUCAAAGAAGGGAGUGAAUCUUUUAGGAGAUUUCUGCUUUGAAGAUGCGAUUCCCUUUCUGGGUUGGAUGGAUGGUUUAACCGGUUUCAGAGCAAGAUUGAAGAAAACCUCGAAAGAUAUAAACGAUUUCCUGGAUCGAGUGAUUGAAGAACAUCUGAAGAAAAAGAAUGAAAAAUCUGAGACCAAAGAAUUUGUGGAUAUUCUACUUGAUCUUCAGAAGGAUCAUGACAUGAGAAAAACUACAGAUUUCAAUCGCGACAAUGUUAAGGCGACCAUUGCGGACAUGUUUCUUGCUGGGAGCGAUACAGUCGCUCUAGUGCUGGAAUGGACGAUGACAGAGCUGAUGAAGAAUCCAAGUAAAAUGAAGAAUGCACAAGAAGAAUUAAGAAGGGUGAUUGGAAACAAAUCAAAGAUUGAGGAGAGUGAUAUUAAUCAGAUGAACUACUUAAAAUGUGUUAUCAAAGAGUCUCUGAGGUUACAUCCUGUAAUUCCUAUGCCUCCACGAGAAACGACAGCAAGUUGUAAGCUCGGUGGCUAUGAUCUUCCUCCCAAAGCAAGAGUGACGAUUAACAUUUGGGCGAUUCAAAGGGAUCCCAAGCACUGGGAGAGCCCGGAAGAGUUCAUCCCUGAAAGACAUGAAAACAGCACAGUUGAUUACAUUAACCAAAGCAACCAUUUCAUACCAUUUGGUGGAGGUAGAAGGGGCUGUCCAGGCAUGUCAUUUGGAACUGCCAAUGUCGAGUGUCUGUUGGCUAACCUCCUUUGUUGGUUCGACUGGAAGAUGCCUGGCGAUGCAAGAGAAGAGGACCUGGACACGAGUGAGGUCAUAAACUUCGUUCUUCGGAAGAAGAUUCCCCUUAAUCUUGUCCCACUAAUGCAUUCUCAUUGAUCUCCUCUCCAAUAACGAACGGCUCCUCUGCUUUGUCAUAAGCUCCUGUAAGGUUUUACAAAUAAAAAGACCAGUCCUUUGUUUCCCCAGUUAGUUGGUAAUGAACUGAAUCUUCUAGUGAAAGUUCAACGACUAUAUAAAUCUUUCUCUCAUUCUUCCAUCAAAUAAAAAUCUUGCUUGCUAAAUAAAAGCUUUA